AUGGCAUUGGCAUCCUCGUCACAACGGGCCGGCAAUGACGUAGUGCCGGUUGAACGACAGAUCUCAGAGAAGAGCAGGCCUGGAUAUGAUGAUAAUGAUGGUGACGAUGAUUAUGGUCUCAAUUACUUUGAAAACUUGCCACGAAAUCGAACUUCCAGUAUCUCCACACACCAAUCCGCCAGCUUGAGCAGAAUCCAGUCGGCAAUCUCGACUGUCUCCCAGCAUUACAAUGCCACCCUCAACCAUGUCCGGAGUCGGAACCCGGACCAGAUGCGGCCUUUCACCCAUCCGCUGUCGCAUCAAAAGACGUCACGCGAUACCCUCGUUGACUUUGAUGGGCCAGACGAUGCGUAUCACCCGAUGAAUUGGUCAUUUCGUAAAAAGGCCAUCACAACAUUUUUAUAUGGGUUGACGACAAUGGGUAUGGUUCUUGUUGGUCCUUCCGUGGCAGAGGCACACAGAGCAACUGAGCUAAUAUUUUCUCGUCUCUUUUCCCUUACAGGUUCUACAUGGUCCAGUGCAGUCUAUUCGCCCGGAAUCACACAAGUUGACGCCGACUUCCAUAUCUCAGAAGAAGUGGGGGUGCUGGGGGUCAGCUUGCUGCUGUUUGGUUUUGGUCUGGGGCCUUUACUGUGGGCCCCGCUAUCCGAGCUCUAUGGGCGCAAGCCCGCAGUCCUCUUCCCGUAUUUUCUCGCAGCGAUAUUUAUGUUCACCGCCGGCAGCGCAAAGGACAUCCAAACGGUUCUCAUAUCCCGUUUUUUCUGUGGUUUCUUUGGCUCUGCACCUGUCACUAAUACAGGUGGGGUGCUGAGUGAUUUGUUCCCAGCUGAAGAGCGAGGUGUCGCUAUUGUCGGUUAUGCGAUGGCUGUUGUUGGAGGACCCAGCUUGGGACCCAUCGUUGGGGCAGCUAUCGUGCAGAGUUAUCUGCGUUGGAGAUGGACGGAAUAUAUAACGGGGAUAAUGAUGAUUCUGUUCCUUAUCCUCGAUAUUAUAUUCGUAGACGAAUCCUACCCUGCCAUCCUCCUUGUCAAAAAAGCCCGUCGUCUCCGUUAUGAAACGGGCAACUGGUCGCUACACGCUCCCCAUGAAGAGUGGGAUGUCAGCUUCGCCGAAAUGGUAAACAAAUACCUGGUGGUCCCCUUCCAGCUUUUAGGCACUCCCAUCUGUUUCCUCAUCGCUAUGUACGCCUCUUUCGUCUACGGCAUAUUAUACCUUAGUCUAUCCUCCUUUCCUAUCGCCUUCAUAGAAGUCCGUGGCUGGAGCCAAGUUGUCGGCCACCUGCCAUUCCUCGGCUUGCUUGUGGGUGUCAUCCUUGGCGCAGGCGCCAAUCUAUUUAACCAGAAAUUCUACCUGAAGAAAUUCCGCACCAACGACCGGAGACCAGUUCCUGAAGCCCGUCUUCCGCCCAUGAUGGUCGGCUCCGUGUUCUUCUCCGCAGGCCUAUUCAUCUUCGGCUGGACGUCGCCACCGCACAUCCCCUGGGUCGCGCAGGUAAUCGGUACAGUAUCCAUGGGCUUUGGGUUCUUCACAGUCUUCCAAGCAGCCUUGAAUUACCUGAUCGAUACAUUCCCGACCGUUUCGGCUAGUGCAGUUGGUGCCAAUACGUUCCUGCGCAGUUGUUUUGCGGGUGCGUUCCCAUUGUUUGCUAGGGUGAUGUAUUCGAAGCUCGGGGUACCGUGGGCGUCGAGUCUUCUGGGAUUUGUAUCGCUGCCGCUGAUCCCAAUUCCGUAUCUGUUUUAUUUUUAUGGGAAACGGAUAAGGGCGAGAGGGAAGUGGUCGCGUCCUUCUGUAUAUCCGCCGUGA